AAGGCAGGGAAGGAACGCCUGGCCAUUUGGGGAGUGCUGGAUGGUGAUACAAUGACCACUAUAAAUGUCAGCCGGGCCGGCUAAGGGUGGCCAGGAAAGGACAAAGGCAACUGCAGGCUAAGAGGAGUCACCUUCCAAGAUGGAGAAGUUCAAGGCUGCGAUGUUGUUGGCGAGCGUUGGUGAUGUCCUGGGCUAUGGAAAUGUCUGCAGGGAGAACAGUGCUUUAGGCUCAAUCCAGCAGGAGCUGCAGAAGACAGGGGGGCUGGACAGCCUCGUGCUCUCCCCUGGGAAGUGGCCAGUGAGUGACAACACCAUCAUGCACAUGGCAACUGCUGAGGCCCUCACCACAGACUACUGGUGCCUGGAUGACCUGUACCGUGAGAUGGUAAAGCGCUAUGUGGAGACCGUGGAGAAGCUUACAGAGCAUCGGCCGGACCCUUCCACUAUCGAGGGCUGCUCGCAGCUGAAGCCAGACAACUACCUCCUCGCCUGGCAUACGCCCUUCAGUGAAAAGGGUUCAGGGUUUGGAGCUGCCACUAAAGCAAUGUGCAUUGGGAUGCGGUACUGGAAGCCAGAACGUCUGGAGACCCUCAUUGAAGUCAGCAUUGAGUGCGGCAGAAUGACCCACAACCAUCCCACAGGUUUCCUUGGGUCCCUAUGCACUGCUCUGUUCGCCUCUUACGCAGUACAAGGCAAGCCACUUGUACAGUGGGGGAGAGAUAUGCUGAAGGUGCUUCCGCUGGCUGAGGAGUACUGUAGGAAGACCAUUCGGCACAUGGCAGAGUACCAAGAGCACUGGUUUUACUUUGAAGCCAAAUGGCAGUUUUAUUUGGAGGAGAGAAAAAUCAGCGAAGACACAGAGAACAAAGCCACCUUCCCUGGCAACUAUGAUGCAGAGGAGAGAGACAAGACAUACAAGAAGUGGAGCUCAGAAGGCCGAGGGGGGCGGCGCGGCCAUGAUGCCCCCAUGAUUGCCUAUGAUGCCCUCCUUGCUGCAGGAAGCAACUGGUCUGAGCUGUGCCAGCGGGCCAUGUUUCAUGGAGGUGAGAGCGGAGCCACGGGAACCAUCGCCGGCUGCCUGUUCGGGUUGCUGCAUGGCCUGGCCACUGUUCCACGCUGCUUGUACCAGGAACUGGAGCACAAAGGCAGACUGGAGGACUUGGGCACAGCCCUGCACCGCCUGUCCACAGAAGAAAAGUAAAGUGUUUCUGCCAUUUUUCCUUCCCAGAGGGCAGCCCGUAGUGUCCACACUCAGACUUAGAGCCUCCCCUAGGAGAGGGCAUGCGUGUGCAGUUUGCACACAAGGAACACGUGCCUCGAGGGCCGUAAUUCAACUGUAACUUUCCCUCCGAUUUCAAAUCCUGUUUGCUAUAUAAAAUACAUUGUUUGUCCUAAGAGAA